CAUGUUUGACUUUCACAGUGUAAGAGCUGCUUUGGUGGGGGCUAUCUCUUUUAUUAUUGUCCUGUUUUAUGGAAAGUUCUUACGGAGGAGAAGUAAAAUGCCCCCUGGCCCAUUCCCUCUGCCAAUACUGGGUAACUUUCUGCAGCUUCACUCUGAUGGAUUAGUGCCAGCCCUGAUAAAGAUAUCCAAAAAGUAUGGUCCCUUCUGCACUGUUCACUUUGGUUCAAGACCUACUGUUGUUGUUACUGGUUAUCAAGCCUUAAAGGAGGUAUUUACUGAUUAUGGUGACGCUUUUCUUAAUCGAGGAUCAAUACCUGUGUUUGACCGUCUCUUCAAAUAUGAAGGCUUAUCUUUCACCAAUGGAGAUACAUGGAAGCAGCUAAGGCAGUUUUCCCUGCAGACUCUUAAAGAUUUUGGAAUGGGUAAGAAGAGUUUAGAAGACCCCAUCGUGGAGGAGGCGCAUCAUAUUGUGGAACAAUUCAGAAAAUUAAAUGGAGAACCUUUUGAGCCCAGCACCACCUUGAUGUGUGCCUCUUCUAAUAUCCUUGCCAAUUUAUUAAUGGGGACUCGCUAUGACUACAAUAACAAAAAGUGGAUGGAAAUCCUGCAGAAGUCACGUGAAGCUUUUCAUAUUGCUUCAUCUUUCUGGGGCCAGCUGUAUGACCUUUUCCCAAAAAUCAUGAGCUAUUUACCAGGACCUCACAGAAGCAUUUUUACUCUUCUUGAGCCCCUUGAAAAUGAAUUGAUGGAUAGCAUCCAAUUUCACCAGGAGACUCUGGAUCCGGCUUGUCCUCGAGAUUAUAUCGACUGUUUCCUCAUCAGGAUGAGACAGGAAGAGAAGACUGUUGGUCUAAAAACGCCAUUUACUGUGAGAAACCUCAAAGCAUCAAUCUAUGAUAUGUUCUUAGGUGGAACAGAAAGUACUGCAGUCACUGUAAACUUUGGAUACUUAAUACUGAUAAAGAAUCCUGAGCUACAAGAUAUGAUUCAUGAAGAGAUUGAGCAAGUGAUUGGCCAAGGCCGGGAACCUAGAGCAGGGGAUCAGAGCCAGAUGCCAUACAUGAACGCUCUUAUCCAUGAGAUCCAAAGGUACAGUGACAUCUUUCCAAUGGGUUUUACCAGAGCCACCAGCAGAAAUAUUACUUUCCAUGGCUACUACAUACCUAAGGGAACCAAUGUGCUUCCAAUGUUGACCACAGCAUUACAGGAUUCCUCGCAUUUCGAAACACCUUCAGAAUUCAACAUCAAACAUUUCUUAGAUGAAAAUGGCAAAUUUAAGACAAAUGAUGCUUUUCUACCAUUUGCUGCAGGAAAAAGAGGUUGUAUUGCGAAGAAUCUGGUGCGCAUGCAGCUUUUCCUUUUCUUCACCAUUAUCCUACAAAGGUUCACCCUGAAAUCAAUGGUGGACCCCAAAGAUCUUGACAUCUCACCUUUGGAAAGCGGCAUGGAAAACGUCCCACCAGCCAUCAAGAUCAUCUUUAUUCCUCGCACAAUAGAAGGAGGAGCUUGAAGAAGUCUUAUAUUUUAGCACUUGGAACAUCCAGUCUACAUUAUUCCAUUAUAUACAUU